GCUACAUGCACAAAACCCACAAACAUGAUUAAGCUCAUCCUUAUCCUUGUUGCAGAAAUUUCCCUCCUCACUUCCAUUGCUUCGGCUGGCGACUUCGCAAGAACCAUGAACAAAAAACUCAUCGACCUCCAAAAACAUGAGACACUCACCCAUCUCCGGCUCUAUUGGCACGACUCUAUAGGCGGUCAAAAGCCUAGUUCCGUCAUGAUCCAACAGCCUAUCUCGAACUCCUCCUCCUUAUUCGGAUCCAUCUCCGUGAUGGACGAUGCGUUGACAACGGAUGUGAUGAAGAACUCGACUGUGGUUGGCCAGGCCCAAGGGAUUUAUGCUGGAGCGGCCCAAGGAGAGAUAGGUUUCUUGAUGGUGAUGAACUUUGCUUUCACGACCGGGAAGUAUAACGGUAGUACGAUCACGAUUCUUGGUGGGAACGCUAUGCUGGAAAAGGCUAGGGAAAUGCCGGUGGUUGGAGGAAGCGGGAUGUUCCGGUUUGCUAGAGGUUAUGUCGAGGCUCGGACCAAGUUUUAUGAUCCCAAGUCCGGCGUAGCCAUUGUUGAGUAUAACUGUUAUGUCUUGCAUUACUAAUCAUAACUAUGUAUUUGUUUGUUCUGUAAUGUUGUUAAGUAACAUUUGCAUUUGACGAAUGUUAGUGUCUGUUUUCUUUUUUGUUGUUGUAUGUCAUGUCGUUUACCGUGGUGUGAUCGUUGUAGACUUGUGGAAGUGUUCUUGUGUUUUUUUUAUCAUGCUAAUAUUAGUUGUAA